AUGGUGUUUGUUUCCUCAAUGUGUCUGGCUGAGGCAUAUACCGGCAACCUCACCGCUGCGGAAGCCCAUCUAAAGGGCUUGUUCGAGCUGAUAGACGCCCAGGAACCAAGUUAUAGUGCCAAGGUGGAAGAUGACGAGUACGACGCCAGAGAUUACGAAAGCCUUGAUCGUUGUGUCAAAAACACCCACAAUUUCUCUGCUGCAGUAGUAGCUAGUCUCCCUGACACCCGCCUCAGCAUCCUGCGCCAGUAUGGCUUUCCGAUCGAGGUGGGCAGUAGACUGGGCGAGGGCUUCAGUGUCGUUACCUUCCUGCCUUACUUCUCCACCUGGGCCGGCCGCCGCAUCGUCAACCCAACCAUUUCCAUCAACGCACUGCGCGAGAUGACCAAGUUUAUGGCUCCUCGGCUGCCUCUUCCCUACCACCCCAUCAUCGAGGGCGUUGAGGUGCGCUUAUACAUGGAGAUGACGAGACAGAUACCAUUACCGGCCGACGGAACGGAGAACCUCCUUGAUAUCGACCGGGACGCGGGAUACGUACCUCGGCGCAGCGCUUUCGUGAUUGCGUGCAGCUUCUACUUUUGCACGCUCAUUGGCGAAUGGCAUGUGGAGAGGAUGCGCGUCAGCCCUUGUUGGCAUCAUCUGUUUGACAUGCUCAAGAGAGACGUCGACCAGACAAGGGGUGCACUGCAAAUAAAGGGACUAAGACGCGACUUUUGGCUCUGGAAGGUCCUCGUAGGCGCUAUAGGUAUCGUUACGAUGGACAGGCAGAGCAGUCGGAGGACAUUUGACAACGGUGCGAGUCAUGACGACGAUUCAUUGCUGAACCUGAAGGUAUGGUUCUUCGAUCGCCUGCGCGCAUGGAGUCGCGCGAGCGGAAUUACGGAUUGGUCAAGGGCUAGUCAAGCGUUAUCCAAUGUUGUGUGGACGGACAAGUUCUGCUACGGAGCCUCGCCCGAGGCAGUGUUUCUCGAGGCACUGAGGUACGAUGACAUUCCCUGA